AUGAUAUUACAUUCUGACCAAUCGGAACAAAGUAUAGGAAUUCGUUAUUUUGAAACAAGUAUUGAAAGUACGUUGUUUGUGGAAGAAUUUGUAUUUAUUGUUUUAAACGUAAGUCUUUUAAUUGUUAUUAUUAAUUUUCUAAAAUAGUAUGUAAAAUAUUUUCAAAAUUCACCGUGAUUUUUAGGUAACUUUUAAAAGUACAUUGUACUUCCUUUCUCUAAAUAUUGACUAUGUAAUUUUAAUACAAAAUAUGUAUGUAUUUAUACGAAGUUUCAAUUUUUUUAUUAAUAUAUAAGAAAUUUUUAUGUAAUUUUAUAGUUUUUAAUCUUUCUAAUAUGUAAUAAAUUAAUAUUUUAUAAACAGUUUUUGUUUAGUACUCGUGUUUAUAAUUAUAGACGAUAUUCAAGCAAUGCUGAAGGAUAGAAAAACUGAUUCUCAAACAUCUAAGACAAUCUCUCAAGUUGAAAAUAAUUUUAAACAAUUAAAGAUAUCAAAAGUGAAUACAGCAUUAAUUGAAAAUACAUCAAAAAGUGCAAAAAAUUCAGAUAAUACAAGUAAUCAACAUAGUACUUGUUUGGGAAAUAUCAAGCAAAAUAAAGAAAAUAUCUCUAAGAAGUCAACAGAAUUGAUGCCGCCACCUAAAUCAUCUGCACCUUAUAAUACAAUAACAUAUGCACCAAAUGCAAUUAAUGAUAAGGAGGAAAAUGAAAUAAAUCUUAAAAGAACAUCUAAAGAGAACAUAGAUAUUGAAAAUAAUGCAGAACAAAGUAAUACAAACAAAAAAGGUCAAAGUGAAAAGAAGUGGGUUUUAACUGAUUUUGAUAUUGGACGGCCAUUGGGAAAAGGAAAGUAUGGAAAUGUUUAUUUAGCUAGAGAAAAGAAAUCAAAAUUCAUUAUUGCUAUGAAAGUAUUAUUUAAAGCACAAAUACAGAAAGCUGAUGUAGAACAUCAAGUUAGGAGAGAAAUAGAAAUUCAAACACAUUUAAGGCAUCCAAAUAUUUUAAAAAUGUACGGGUAUUUUCAUGAUGAUAAAAGGAUAUAUUUAAUUUUGGAAUAUGCUCCAAAUGGAGAAUUAUUUAAAGAAUUGAAUGCUCAACCAAAGAAGCGUUUUGAUGAAAUUAGAACAGCAACGUAUAUAUCUCAAUUAGCAGAUGCUUUAAAAUACUGUCAUAGUAAAAAGGUGAUACAUCGAGAUAUCAAACCUGAAAAUUUAUUACUUGGUAUAAAAGGUGAAUUAAAAAUGGCAGACUUUGGAUGGUCUGUCCAUGCCCCCUCUUCUAGGAGAACUACUCUUUGUGGUACUUUAGAUUAUCUACCACCAGAAAUGGUUGCUGGAAAAACACAUGAUCAUACUGUAGACUUAUGGGGACUUGGUGUACUUUGUUAUGAAUGUUUAGUUGGUAAACCUCCUUUUUUAUCUGAAUCUUACGAUGAAACAUACGUAAAAAUCAGAAAAGCCCAAUACGAAAUUCCACAAUUUGUCAGUGAAGAUGCUAAGAAUUUAAUGUCUAAGCUAUUAGUACUUGAUCCAGCUCAAAGAUUACCUUUAGAAGAUGUUUUGAGACACCCUUGGAUCGUACAAAAUCGAACGACAGAGCCAUAUGUACCGUAA